UUCACAUCUACGUUAUAUUUUAUCUAUGGAUCAUCAAUUGAUACGAAUGUAUGUAACGAAGAAAGUUAAGAAUCAUAACCUAAGAAUGUAUUUUAAUUCGUAUUUGAAAAUAUAUGUUUGCUAAAUAUUCAUUGGAAAUAUUACAAUAAAGUACUUAUAUUUCAUAUUUGUAAUUUUUGAUAAAAAUUUAAUUGCAAAUGUUGUAUUGCAUAAAGAAUUGUGCAACUUGUAGUUACAACGUGUUGCGACAAAUAACCCGUGUAUUAGGUGUCUAUAAUUAUAGAAAUAUGUCGAUUCAAAUUGAAACUGUUAACCCAGAACCAAAUUUAAAUAAUCCAAACAACAAAAGAUUAAGAGUUGACGAAGAUGAAGACAGUGCUGUAAAGAUUCAAAAAGUAAAUGUGGUAAAGAUUAAAAGAAGGGCUUACGCAUUAAUGAUGGGUUAUCUUGGUAGAGAUUAUUAUGGAAUGCAAAUAAAUCCUGGAAUGAAAACUAUCGAGGAUGAUUUAUUAAAUGCAUUGCUAAAGAAUAACUUGGUAACUACGGAAAAUAUUGAAAAUUUAAGAUCCUUUAAUUUUCAAAGAGCUGCAAGAACAGACAAAGGAGUAUCGGCCGCUAGACAAGUCGUUUCUCUGAAGCUACCUGAAACUGUAUCUAAAGAUAGUAUAAAUGAUUGCUUACCAAAUGAAAUUAAAGUAUUUGGUAUCAAACGCGUUACAAAAGGUUUCAAUAGUAAAAGUAACUGCAGUGGUAGAACAUAUAGAUAUAUCAUUCCUUCAUUUGCAUUUGUUGAAGAGGAUAAGGCCUCAUUACCUUCUCGAGAAGAAUGCGAUGUAGAAAAACGGAUGAAAGAAUUAUCGGUGAUCGAAGGAAAACCAUAUAUUGACUUUCGAUUAAAACCAGAAACUUUGGAAAAAAUAAAUUCAUUUAUGAAACUUUUUCAAGGAACUCAUAAUUUUCAUAAUUUUACAUCAAAAGUAAAGCCAUUAGAUCCACGGGCAAAACGUUAUAUAAUUAAAUUUCAAUGUGUAGAUACAUUUAUCUCAGAAAAUAUAGAAUUUGUAAUAAUAGAAAUUAAAGGUCAAAGUUUCAUGUUGCAUCAAAUCAGAAAAAUGAUUUCUAUGGUUAUCGCAUUUUUAAGAAACAUGGCGACAGAAGAUUCUUUGAAACAGGCAUUUAAAGAUGAAAAGAUGGAUAUACCAUUAGCUCCCAGUUUAGGUUUAUCCUUAAAUUAUGUACAUUACGAUUAUUAUAAUACAAGGUAUGGUUCAGAUGGCAUACAUGAACCUUUAGAUUGGAAAGAAUGUGAGGAAGAAGUAGAAAAAUUUCAAUCGGAAUACAUAGUGAAACACAUUGUAAAUACAGAAGUAACAAACCAGACAACGUUGAACUGGCUUGCCAGUCUUCCCUUGCAUUCAUUUUCAGUCAGAGAAGAAUCAAUUGCAUAUUAAUAUCUAUAAUUCUCUUUCCAUUAUAUAGAUAUAUUUUUUAUGCGUCAUCAACUAAUUAUAAAUAUUAAUUACAUUUAUGAUUAUGUAUAAUCACAAUAACAAUCUGUAAAAAACAGGAAAAAAGAAAGAAAGGAAAAAAAAA